CUGUUAUCAAUGACUCUCCAUGGGGAUGUGCUGGAUUUUACCUAAAGCAUCAUUGCUUGUUUUCGUCAUCCUCCCCUCCUGCUGCGGCCGCCGUAUCCGCUGUGCAUGAAUGAAACCAUAACCAUCUGAGGGUCUCCUCCUCCACCUCCUCAUCCUCAUCCUCCUCCGCCCUCCUGUUCUCCAUCGAGCCUGUCGUCGAUCAGCGGGGCCGAGCUGGGGGGGAAUCCGGGUAAAGGGAGCCGUGGCGCUACACACCGGCCGACGGACACCCCGCCGAGACGCGCCACCAACAUGCUCACACGGGUCAAGUCCGCCGUGGCCGGGUUCAUGGGUGGGAUCAUGGCCGGUGGCAGCUCCGCCGGAGGGGGAAACCCCGGCUCGGAGCUACCGCUGAAAUUCCCAUAUAUGAGACCCGAGUUCUUGGGACUCUCCCCGGAUGAGAUCGAGUGCUCGGCUGACCACAUAGCCCGGCCCAUCCUCAUACUGAAGGAAACCAGGAGAUUACCGUGGGCCACCGGAUACGCUGAGGUGAUUAAUGCUGGUAAGAGCGCAUUGAAUGAGGACCAGGCAUGUUGCGAGGUGGUAGUGGCGAGAAGGAGGCCAAUGAGCUACUGCCCCCCCUCCACGCCCAGCAAGACCCCCACCGCCAAGAGACGCAACUCCCUGCCCAACGGAGAGGGCCUGGGGUUGCGCAUGGAGUACGGCAAGCUGGGGGAGGACAGUGAGGGGCUGGUGUUUCACUACUGGGCGUUGUUUGACGGCCACGCCGGCUCAGGUGCAGCAGUUGUCGCCUCCCGUCUGCUGCAGCACCACAUCGCCUGUCAGCUCCAGGCCGUCAUCGAGAUCCUGCGCAACCUGGCCUCUCUGCCCCCUACCAUCAUGGGAGAGGAGCCCGACAACAACCCCUACCUCCAAGGAAACACCCCAGGCCCUCACCGCUCACUGACUCGGGCCGCCUCGCUGCGGGGCGCGGCGGGUGCACCAGGCUCACCGUGCAACACACCGCCUCCUCCUCGUUUCUUCACUGAGAAGAAGAUCCAGCAUGAGAGCCUGGUGAUAGGAGCCAUAGAGAACGCCUUCAAAGAGAUGGAUGCCCAGAUUGAGCGGGAGAAGCACGGCUAUAACAUCACAGGAGGAUGCACCGCUCUCACAGUGGUGUACCUGCUUGGGAAACUAUAUGUUGGGAACGCAGGUGACAGCAGGGCUAUCAUUAUUAGAAACAAUGAGAUCAUUCCAAUCUCGACAGAGUUCACACCAGAGUCAGAACGGCAGCGACUCCAGUUCCUGGGUUUCAUGCAGCCUCACCUGUUAGGAAACGAGUUCACGCACCUGGAAUUUCCCAGGAGAGUUCAGAGGAAGGAGGUGGGCAAGAGAAUGCUCUACAGAGACUUCACCAUGAACGGCUGGGCCUAUAAGACAAUUGAGGAUGAAGAUCUCAAAUUUCCACUAAUAUAUGGCGAAGGGAAAAAGGCUCGAGUGUUGGCAACCAUCGGUGUGACCCGCGGGCUCGGUGACCAUGACCUCAAAGUUCAUGACUCCAACAUUUACAUCAAGCCAUUCCUUUCCUGUUGCCCCGAGGUGAAGGUGUAUAACCUGACACAGUAUGAGCACGGGGCUGACGAUGUUCUGGUGAUGGGAACCGACGGCUUGUGGGACGUCCUCUCCAACCAAGAAGUGGCCGAAGCCGUCACCAGCUUCCUGGCCAACUGCGACCCUGAUGAUCUGCACAGGUAUACAAUGGCAGCACAGGACCUGGUGAUGCGAGCUCGCGGCGUCCUGAGGGAUAGAGGCUGGAGGAUCACCAACGAGCGCCUGGGCUCUGGAGACGACAUCUCGGUCUUCAUCAUACCACUGAUGUACGGCAACCGUCAGCCCUGAAGAUGAACCCAUGAGGACUAGAAGGGCCUGUUCGGCUCUUAAACUAACAGGAUCGAUCCUGAUCUCAGUACCCCCCCUUUCAGUUCCCCCGGUGCUGUUUGCACAGUUGUUUUCUUACUUGGACUAAAGUCAAGUAGAACAUUUAGAUGGUAUUUCAUGUCUCUGUAGGAGUUCAGGAUUGGUCAACUACCAAAUGUGGCUGCUCAGGGGAACUGCAGUCGAUGAUGGA